AUGGUAAAGAGCAAGGUUUUAGUAGUGGGAGGAACCGGGUACAUAGGGAGAAGAAUAGUGAAAGCAAGCUUAGAACAAGGACAUGAAACCUAUGUGAUUCAGAGACCAGAAUUGGGUCUACAAAUUGAGAAGCUUCAAAGACUUCUCUCAUUCAAGAAAAAAGGUGCUCAUUUGAUUGAAGCAUCUUUUUCAGAUCACAAAAGCUUAGUUGAUGCUAUCAAGAAGGUUGAUGUUGUGAUCAGUGCCAUCUCUGGUGUUCAUAUCAGGAGUCAUAGUAUUGGCUUGCAACUCAAACUUGUUGAUGCUAUCAAAGAAGCUGGUAAUGUUAAGCGUUUCUUGCCUUCGGAAUUUGGACUAGAUCCAGCAAGAAUGGGAGAUGCAUUGGAACCAGGAAGAGUAACAUUUGAUGAUAAAAUGGCUGUAAGGAAAGCAAUAGAAGAAGCUAACAUCCCUUUCACUUACAUCUCUGCUAACCUCUUUGCUGGAUACUUUGCUGGCAGCCUCUCUCAGAUGGGAUCUUUUGUUCCUCCAAGGGACAAAGUUCAUCUCUUUGGAGAUGGAAAACUCAAAGCUGUGUUUUUGGAUGAAUAUGAUGUUGCAACAUAUACAAUCAAGACAAUAGAUGAUCCUCGAACCUUAAACAAAACAUUAUACCUUAGACCACAAGAAAACAUUCUCUCCCAAGGAGAACUUAUAGGAAUUUGGGAGAAACUCAUUGGAAAGGAACUGGAGAAGACAUAUAUACCUCCUGAAGGAUUUCUCACAACAUUGAAAGGGUUGGAUUAUAAACUUCAAGUAGGAAUUGGACACUUCUAUCAUAUUUUCUAUGAGGGUUGUUUGACAAACUUUGAAAUUGGGGAAGAUGGAGAAGAAGCAUCUGAGCUCUACCCUGAGGUGAAUUACACACGCGUGGAUGAGUACCUUAAAAUUUAUGUGUAA